UCGGUCAAGAUGGCGGUGCUGGAAGAGGAGGAGGAGGAGGCCCUGCUGGGCGAAGACUCGGGGCCGGAGGAGCACAGCUGCCCUGCGCGGAAGCCGUUGUCGGCGUUGUGCGACCCAGAGCGGCUGGCUCAUCGGGUGCUGGUGCUGGCGCUCAUGUGCUUCCUGGGCUUCGGCAGCUAUUUUUGCUAUGACAACCCAGCAGCUCUGCAGACUCAAGUUCAAAGGGAUAUGAAAGUGGACACGUAUCACUUCAUGUUACUAUAUGCCUGGUAUUCCUGGCCUAAUGUGGUUCUCUGUUUCUUUGGAGGCUUUCUGAUAGACAGAGUAUUUGGAAUAAGGUGGGGGACAAUAAUAUUCAGCUGUUUUGUCUGUGUUGGACAGGUGAUUUUUGCAGUGGGAGCAAUAUGCAAUGCAUUUUGGUUGAUGGAAGUUGGCAGAUUUGUAUUUGGGAUUGGUGGAGAAUCCUUAGCAGUGGCACAAAAUACUUACGCUGUCAGUUGGUUUAAAGGAAAAGAAUUAAACCUUGUGUUUGGACUACAGCUCAGCAUGGCUAGAAUUGGGAGCACUGUGAAUAUGAAUAUUAUGGGAUGGGUAUACUCCAAAGUUCAAGAUCUCCUUGGUUCGACAGGUUACACCACUCUUGGUAUAGCACUAUUGAUAGGUGGUGUGACGUGUAUCUUUUCAUUAGUUUGUGCUCUCAUUCUUGCGUAUCUGGAUAAAAGAGCAGAGAAGAUUCUUUGCAAAGAGCAGGGGAAAACUGGUGAAGUGAUUAAAUUAACUGAUGUGAAAGACUUCUCAUUGUCCUUAUGGCUGAUAUUCAUUAUCUGUGUUUGUUAUUAUGUGGCCAUUUUCCCUUUCAUUGGACUUGGAAAGGUAUUCUUCAUUGAGAAAUUCAAAUUUUCUUCCCAAGAAGCAAGUGCAAUCAAUAGCAUUGUGUAUGUCAUAUCAGCACCCAUGUCCCCUGUCUUCGGAUUCCUAGUAGACAAAGUUGGAAAGAACAUUACCUGGGUUAUAUGUGCUGUAGUGACUACUCUAGCUUCUCACAUCAUGUUGGCCUUUACUUUCUGGAACCCUUGGGUUGCCAUGUGUUUGCUGGGAGUAGCUUAUUCCCUGCUGGCCUGUGCCUUAUGGCCUAUGGUAGCCUUCGUUGUCCCUGAACACCAGCUGGGAACGGCUUAUGGCUUCAUGCAGUCAAUCCAGAACUUGGGUCUCGCAAUCAUCGCCAUUGCAGCUGGUAUGAUAUUGGAUUCCCGAGGAUAUCUAUUUCUAGAAAUCUUCUUCAGUGCUUGUGUGUGUUUGUCACUCAUAGCUGUGGUCAUGCUGUACUUCGUGAAUUUGCUCAGAGGAGGUGACCUUAAUUGGUCUGCAAAGAAAAGGGAAAAAAUGCUGAAGCUAGCUGUGGCUGAAGCAAAAAGACGGGAAAAAAUCAGACGUCAGAAUGAAGAUGACUUAGCCAAAUUACAACCAAAGACUGACUUUAGUUUGAGGAAUAGGUAUCUUUCCAGAUUAGGUGCUCAGCUGCCAGACAACUGUGUUUGCCACUUACCUGCACUGGCACACAGAAGUGUGCUGAAAUAGCAGAGUUGUGUCAAGACAUGGAAAGGCAAUGUACGAAAUGCUAUGCAACACAGAACCUCAGUCUUCCAUAGCAGAGAGCUGCAUUAUAGAAGGAAAACUGAACAGUAUGCAAAAGUCUUCUACAAACAAAAACAAUAGCGGAUCUCUUGAAGACUUUUCAGAUGCUACAUUGAACUGUGUGCCAAAGUGGGUGGGAAUGACUCCCCCACAAAAAAAGGGGUCAUGGAUUUGCAUCUGUGUGCUUCUGUUGGCAGCCUUCUGCUUUGUUCGGAGUCCAUAUCUGUUUAUAAUUAGGGGCAGUUUGGAUUUAGAGUAGAGUUACAUAAAUCAAUAUAAAUUCGCAACAUUAACUGUGUUGAUCUAGGCAUCAAUAUAACACUCUGUCUUUAGACAACUUUAUAUUCUAGAUUUCUUUCACUCUAAGAAAGGGAAGCGAUAGUGAUUAAUCCACUAGACUUAAUUUCUGUGAAAUUUUAGUUUUUAUCAGAAACAAUUGGAACUUUUAAACACAUAAGAAGUAAGCUGUCUUGAAAAUAGCUUUCAUGUCAGGCAUUUUUCAUUUUAUGUGUGUGUUGAUGAAAAGCAGAAGGUUGACAUUUCCUAUGGAAAUAGCUCCAUAUGUAUUUUUCUUAUCAACGCAAGUUUAGCAAUUCCGUAUUAAAAUGGUAGAACUUGAUAAGAAAUGCUGAGGUUGCUUUUGUGUCCGUAAACGAAAUUGCUUUAAAUUCAGUGAGAAAAAACCCCGGGGUAUGCUUUAGGCUUUCACUGCAGCAGAAAUCAUUUAAUAUGAAGCUGGUCCUAAUUACAUAAGGUCAGAUCCGGACUUCCCCUUCCACAACUGUCUCUUUCUGUUUGUGGAAGGGGCUGGAAUCCGGUGGAGACUGGAGCCUCCGCUCACUAUGUCCGCGUUGUUCUGGGGGGUUCCCUAAUUUUCUGGAGCAGCUUUUUGGAGGACAAAAGGCUGCAGCGAGCAGAAGGGAUUGGGGGAAAAAAUCCUCCCUUCCUCCAGGAGGAGUGUUACAUAAGCAGAACUCCAGUUGAAUCCUCCCAGGGCAUGUAAUCUUUAUUAACAUGACCAGUACUUUUAACUUUGGUACUGGGAUAUUGUACAAAUGCUCUGCUGGGAGAAUCCCCAAUCUUUAUUCCAUUACCUUUAACUUUGGUACUUUGGGACCGAGAUAUUGUACAAAUGAUCUGUUGGGAGAAUCUCUUAAUCUUCCAUUUUCUGGGAGUGUUGGUGCAGCCUAAAUCAUAAAUAAGCAAUAUUCUCAGGGUUUUGAACAAAUGUCUCUGUUUUUGGCUCCUGAACAGAGAAGUUCUCUAGACCCAAAUAUAAAGAGUACUUGUGCUAAAAUCAGUGACUGAAAAGGUUACAUAUCCCAAUUUAAAUGUAUUUUUGUUAUUGGUAAGAAUUUCAUAGAAAUAAAGUGAAAAAUGAUACUUUAGUGGGGUGGGGUGGGGGUGGAAACCACAAAUUAUAAAUUGAUGGGUUAUUCACUUUAUUUAUAAAUGUAAUUAUUUCCCCUUCCCAUUAAUAAAGCCAAAAGAAGCACAGUA